CAAGAAAGAGAAGAAAGGCUUGUCCGAGGACGAGGGGAAGUGUGUGAGUUGUGAGCGGGGUUGGGAGUUGCCACUGUGCCGUGGAGAUGGAGCGAGUGAGGUAACUGGAGGGCGGGAGCACUCACAGUAUCUCUCUCUCUCUGUGUGUUUCACUGCCUCCCACUAACCGGGAAUCUGAUCUCUCAGCACAGGCGAGCCGACAGAAGCGAAGCCACUGCUGGCUGCAUCGGGACUGCUCUCCAGGAACUUCUGAUACCUUGUCUAAAAGUUGCUGCCUCUUCCAAGUUACUUUUGAUUAUCUUUGGACCCUCAAGAUGGAAGAAUUGAAGCAUUAGCAAAGGUUGGAUUUGUGGAUCCAGAGUGGAUAGAAGCUGAAUCCACUGAUAUAAUCGCCACCAUAGAAAUGGCUUUCUAGCUCUUCUGCGGGCACAAGACUGCAAUACAACACCUAAGUUUACACUAAUAGUGUAGACGGAUCUCCGUCAGUCCCGUGUUAAGAUCUUCGCAGUGCUCGUUCCUUGCUCCUGGAUUCUCCUACUGGUCUUGGUGCAGAGAUGACUGAGCUCACAGGCAGAGUAUCUCCAAACCCACUUGGUGUUGUUACAGCUCCCUGUGUGUCCAAGGUGGAGCUACGUGUAUCCUGCAAAUCCUUGUUGGACAGAGAUACUCUCAAUAAGUCUGAUCCAUCCGUGGUACUGUUGAUGCAGUCUCAAGGACACUGGGUGGAGGUCGAUCGGACUGAGGUUAUAAAGAGUAACUUGCAUCCAGUGUUCUCUAAAAUUUUCAACGUGGAUUAUUACUUUGAGGAGGCUCAGAAGCUUCGAUUCGAGGUGUAUGAUAUCCACGGGCACUGCAGUAUUGGUGCACGAGACGAUGAUUUCUUGGGCGGUGUGGAGUGUACCCUUGGCCAAAUUGUGGCUCAAAAGAAAAUGACAAAGCCUUUGUUCUUAAAGUAUGGAAAAUAUGCCGGGAAGUCUACAAUCACUGUUAUUGCAGAGGAAAUAAAUGGAAACAAUGGCUAUGUGGAAUUAGCCUUCUGUGCUAAGAAACUGGAUGACAAGGAUCUUUUCAGCAAAUCAGAUCCUUUUUUGGAAAUAUACAGGCUGAAUGACGAUGAAUCUGAGCAACUUGUCUACAGGACCGAGGUUAUCAAGAACAACUUGAAUCCAGUGUGGGAGUCAUUUAAAGUUUCUCUGAGUUCACUUUGUAGCUGUGAUGAAAAGAGACAGUUGAAGUGUUUGGUCUGGGAUUAUGAUAACCGUGGAAAACAUGACUUCAUUGGAGAGUUUUACUCAACAUUUGAAGAACUGCGGAAGGCAAUGGGAGAAAACAAGGUCCACUGGGACUGCGUUAAUCCAAAAUAUAAAGCCAAAAAGAGACAUUAUAAAAACUCUGGAACAGUCAUACUGAAAGAUUGUAAGUUGCACAGGGUAUAUUCAUUUUUAGAUUACAUAAUGGGAGGAUGUCAGAUUCACUUCACGGUAGCCAUUGACUUCACAGCUUCAAAUGGAGACCCACGAAACAGCUGUUCCUUGCAUUACAUCAAUCCCUAUCAGCCCAACGAGUAUCUGAAAGCACUUAUCUCUGUUGGUGAGAUCUGUCAAGACUACGACAGUGAUAAGAAGUUUUCCGCCUUGGGAUUUGGAGCAAGAAUUCCUCCGAAUUAUGUGGUCUCACACAAUUUUGCCAUUAAUUUCAAUUCUGAAGAUGAGGAAUGUGAAGGAAUACAAGGAGUAGUUGAGUCCUAUCAGAGCUGUCUACCUAAAAUCCAACUUUAUGGGCCAACGAACGUGUCUCCCAUCAUAGGCAAGGUGGCGAAAGUGGCUGCUGAGGAGGAGAAGACAAAGGAGGCUUCCCAAUACUACAUCCUACUGAUCCUGACAGAUGGAGUUGUCACUGAUAUGGCGGACACAAGGGAGGCAAUAGUCCGAGCAUCACACCUUCCAAUGUCCAUCAUCAUUGUUGGUGUGGGCAACGCAGAUUUUACAGAUAUGGAGAUACUGGAUGGUGACGAUGGGGUUUUACGAUCUCCAAAGGGGGAACCUGUGCUAAGAGACAUUGUACAGUUUGUCCCCUUCCGUGAAUUUAAAAAUGCAUCUCCAGCAGCUUUGGCCAAGUGUGUCUUAGCAGAAGUCCCGAAACAAGUUGUGGAAUAUUACAGCUACAAGGCCAUUCCUCCUAAAUGUCUCAGUCUGGAUUCCUCUGAGUCAGCAUGCACAACGCCAGAAUAAAGAGACUGCUCUUUGCUGAUGGAGGUUUCUGAAGGGAGAAUGAGAUGACCCAGAGAAAAAAAAUUCUUCACAUUAUGUAUCUGGUUUGCUGCAAACAUAUUAAGAUAAAAGCAAAGCUAUUUUCACAGCUUGAAUAACCAAGUUCCGAUGCCCAUGCCACUGAUCAACCACAGCAAAAUAUCUGGAUGCUGAAAGAUAAUGUUUGGGGAAUAUUGGCCAAUUCCCAAACAUUGCACUUUUAGUGUUUUUAUCUGAGUCAAUGGGACAUACAUAUAAUUUAUUAUCUGUACUGAAUAGAUGCAAAAUGGCUAUAGAAACAUCUUUCAUGAAUUAAUUCAUUUUUCUGCACUAGACCCUCCCAAGUCAUUUAGACCCACUGGAGAAAGCAGACCACAUGGCAUUUGCUGCACGGUUUCUACAUUUGAGGCUUCAUAAGCAAUUUGAAGAUUUUGGGGUUAAUUUGGUUGAUUUUUGUGCAAAUAUUAAUUCUGCAGAAUUUUAUAAGAUUUCUUCUUGCCUCUACCUUGAAACAAAAACUGCAUGCCAAAAUUAAUAUAGCAUGAAAGUAGAAGGAGAAUCAAGGCAUCAUAAAUAAAGGUCUUGACCCGAAACGUCACCCAUUCCUUCUCUCCACAGAUGCUGCCUGUCCUGCUGAGUUACUCCAGCAUUCUGUGUCCAUCUUCGGUGUAAGCCAGCAUCUGCAGUUCCUUCCUACAUAAAUAAAACACUACUCCUUUGGAUCAUAAUGGCUAAAAUGAAAAGAAUAGCAUGGCAUACAUUUAAUCAAUCAGUGAGUCAGAGUGUUUGUUUUAUUAGCUGCAUUUACAAGAAGUGGUGGAGGUUGCAUUUAAUUCAAGAAAGUUCCUAAUGUAUGAAUGAUCACAUCAUAGUAAAGAAUUGUUGGCAUAUGAAGGAAUCAAACAAGGCAGCACAGUGGUGCAGCAGGUAGAGCUGCUGGCUCACAGCGACAGAGACCUGGGAUCCAUCCCAGCCUUGGCGUUGUCUGUUUGGAGUUUGCACAUUCUCCCUGUGACCAAGUUGGUU